AGGAGAACCAGCGGAGGCAGGAGAACUAAUGGGUAGGCUUCUUCUUCUUCUUCUUUCUCCCCGGGCUCACAAACAACACAGUCGUUCGGUCGCCGCACGGCUCCAGCAGCGGGACGCGCUCGCCGGGACGCCCGGGAACCAUGGGGAUACCACUGCCCAUCUGCGCUUGGGAGCCGAUAUGUUGAACAUAUUUUACUUGUCCGACUGAGGGACGGAUUUCUGGUCGGCAGAAGACAAAUGAUAAAAAAACUAGUAAAGCACAGUGCGCUCCAACUCCCCGAUCCUCCCCUCUUCAGCUGGAUGGCUCUGAAUGACAAGAGGCAGUAAUGGAAGUCCAUGGGCAAUUCAGCUCUGUAGCCAUGAAGCAGCUCAAAGGGUAGGGUCUGCCGUGAGCUCGCCUCACCCUACCCGACCACCCGCUCAUCCACCACCCCAUCAGAGUCCCACAUUAAAGCAUAAUCCUGCAGCCCUACCCAUCUCCUCCACCCAGCCGCCACCAUCGCUUUGGAAGACGAACAUGACGAGCAUUGCGAAGACACUGGUUGAUGUCUGAUUUAUAUACCUCUGAGGUGUUGAGCGUAAUUCCAGUGGAGCAAUGAAUGGCGGAAAGGACUGUGAGGCAGGAGAUGAGAGGCAGGCAGCCCCUGUCCAGGUCCCCAUUGGCUGGCAGCGCAAGGCAGAGCGUGGCAGAGGGGUCUUAUACUUAAGUCCCAGUGGCUCGGUGCUGUCCAGCUUUGAGCAGGUGAAGACCUACCUGCUGACAGAUGGAACCUGCAAAUGUGGCCUGGAGUGCCCACUCAUCCUUCACAAGGUGUUCAACUUCGACCCAGGGGCGGCUGUCAAGCAGAGGACAGCGGAGGACGUGAGAGCAGAUGACGAUGUCACCAAACUCUGCAUUCACAAGAGGAAGCUUCUGGCCGUGGCCACGCUGCACAAGAGCAUGGUGACGCACCCACCUCUGACACUGACCAGUCCAGGAAGAGGUACAUCACAUGUGGUUGCAGCGCAUUCCACGACUCAACGAGCAAUAAGGAAUAAACCCCACGACGGCCUGUCCAAUGCUGUUGGCCCUGACUGCAACAAUCAUUUCAAGAUGAUGAUGGCAGUAGGACAACAGCAGCACAGGCUUUAUUCAUCCCAGGAGAUGGGUGGAGCCCAGCACCCGGAGCUCUACUCUGGGUACCCCAGGCCACAGAGGCUGGGCAGUGGGGAGCCAUGCCCCAAAUCCCCAUACAGGGCUGGUUACGGAGGCAUGCUAAGCCCACCUCCCUCCAGUGCAAAGCUAUAUGGAGAUGGGUCACAGUCUCCAAGUACGGACACUCUGGGUAGCCCUGACUGCUUUCCAAGGAACAAUCCUUGUGGUUUUCCAGGAGCUGGUAGUCCCGGCUCAGCCUCCAUACAUGGGAAUACUAGGACGCCUCUUUCCCCCCCCAGUGUGAUGCUCCAUGGCUCCCCUGCGAGCCAGCCAUCCUGCGCCAUGACAGGGAGGACUAGCACGCCUCUUUCCCCAACAGCCACUGCCAAAAGCCCUGUCAUGAACAUGAACGUGCCACGGGGCAACUUUCCCCCGGGUAUGGAUAUGUCCCGUGUGGCUUUUCACCAUAAAACACAGCCGCCUGUGCAUACGGUGCCACCCACCCCAUCCAUACCACCAUCCUGUGCCCUUCAGAAAAGGCAGUUGACUUCCGAAAAAGACCCCUUAGGCAUCUUAGACCCUAUACCUAGGAAACAAGUCAACCAGCCUCCCACCAACGCCCAAAACCCCUCAAACUUCCAGCCUAAUAUCCACUCUCAGGUACCAAUGAUGAAUGUAAACAUACCCCCUCCUACCAUUGUUCCCUUGCCAAGCAACUUACCUUUACCAACAGCAAAGCCUGGGCCUGUAGGUCAUGGUGGCCAUGGUCAGAGGACUCAACAGGGUGGUCCAGCUUCCUCCAUGUCCCCCUCCCCUGUCACUUCCCCUGUCCACAUGACUGGGUCUGCCAUUGCGAGAAUGGAGGCCUCCCCUCAUCGCUCACGCUCAUCCUCCACCUCAUCUGAUCAUGGAAACUUUGCAAUGCCCUCCGGGCACCAGGCCCCAUGUGGCACCAUGAAGGUCCCUCCUCGUUCCCCUAGGUCCGCUAUCGGGUCUCCCAGACCGGCCAUGCCCUCCAGCCCCUCCACCAACAAAACAGACGCACUCCACCAGUACAAAGACUCCCAGCUGUUGCCCGGGAUGGUCAACUCUAUUGGAACCCAGCAGCAUGGUAACCCCAUGUAUUCACCCACCUCUUCCUCAUCGUCAUCCUCCUCUCUGGCAACCCCUAGCGCUUCCCAGAAGGGCCACCCAGGUCUCCUGGGGAUGCCCCUCAACCAGCUCCUCAACCCACAGAACGCCACUUCCUUCCCCGCCAGCAGUCUCUUGUCAGCUGCAGCCAAAGCACAGCUAGCAAAUCAAAACAAACUCAGCGUUACUGGCAACAGCACUACUGGCAUGGCUGGUGGUGGAGUUGGUAUCGGAGGCAUGGGGGCGGUUGGUGGAGGGAGCGGUGGGCACCCUGGCUCUAUAACCGGCCCUCGAGGCAUGGAGGGACACAGCACUUUAAAUCCCAUGCUCCCGCCAAACUCCGCCAUGCUGCUCAAUACUCCUGAGGGCCAGAGUGGUCGGGCAGCUCUCAGAGACAAACUCAUGGCCCAACAGAGGGACCCCAUGCGCAAACGGAGGCAGUCGUCCGGUGGUGCUGCUGUAAACCACGAUAACAGUAACAACAUGGUCUACAACAUGCUUAACAAAUCAGGCAUGGGUGGACCCCACAUGCCAGGGCCCAGUGCAACUGAGCAGCUGCGAAAAGUGGGCCGACUUGGGAACCUUCCCCCAAACGCCUCCAUGGCCCAGCUUCUCCAGUCCAUGAGCUGCCAGAGCUCCCAUAACUUGACUGGGAGUAGCCAUCGUCCAGGUCUUAGCCCUGGUCCAGGUCAGGGUCCUCAAGGAGCUCCGCAGCUGCACUACAACGACAGCACGGGAAUGGUACCUGGUGGCCCUCAGCAUAAUCUGCAUGCUCAGCAGAGGCUGCAGGGUCCAGGAGAUGUGAUGCAGCACUGCCGGAACAUGGACUCCUCUGGAGGCCAUCUGGGCACACGUCCAGGCCAGUACCCUGACAUAAUGGCCCAAAUGCAGGCCUCCUCCAUGAGUAACUGUAGGCCAAUGGGGCCAGGUGGUGGACCAGUGGGCCCUGAUGGCAUGCCGCUGGGACGCCCCAACACCAAUCCCCCGCCACUAUCCCACCCUAGCCCUCAUCCUUCACAGCAGAACCUCCUUCACAGUAUGGGGCGGACUAACAUGGUCGUGAUGCAACAUGGAGGGGGUGAUGGAGGCUGUACACAGAGCAUUUCCGAUUCAGGAAACCCAUCAUCCCUUGGCUGUGGUGUGGGAGGCCUUCCACCACAUGUGAACAGAGGUCAGAUGUACCAGCAGCAGGUCCACCAGGGCAUGCAGCAGGUGGUGGCCUCCCACCCGGCCUACCAGGGCCAGCAGCACUUUUCUGACAACACACCCUACACAGACGGCAACAUGGUCAACGCUGGCUCCAUGGCCUGCCUCUACCAGAACUACCAGCAGGGGAUGUUGCAGCACCCACAAUUUGGGGAGGGGCAGCAGCCCCAGGGAGAGAGGCUUCCAGGUACACCUAGCUCUGACAGGGGGCCCGGCGGUGGCCCAGAGUCGGUGGACGCCAUCUACAGAGCUGUGGUGGACGCCGCCAGCAAGGGCAUGCAUGUAACAAUAACAACCACAGUGAGCGGGACCACGCAAGCGAGUCCGGUGCCUGCCCUCAGCGCCAUGAGUGCCUUCACUGCUUCUAUAGGGGAGCCUAUCAACCUCCCCCAAGCAGUUAGUGCAGUCCUGCAUCGGCACCAGGAGGGGGAUGCGUUACCCCUGCACACCAGGCAGAGGCAGGUGAGGCCAGGACGGGGUCAGAAGAACAUGGAUGCUGGGAAGAUGACUCCAGACGGCACUCCUGAGGCCAAUGAUUACUUCCGUUCUCCUGGCCGUGGUACUCCCAGGGGGCAGUGGGACGGGGAGACGCAGCACGGGGGAGGUUUUGACGCGCACAGCAACAACAGCACCUGGGGCGGCGAGGAAUUUUUAGAGUGUUCAACCCAAGUUAGGAGUAGUCCGUGCAUGGAGCGACCCGCCAGUUUGGCUCCCGCCCCUCUCUGCCCCACUGAAGGCUCCAACGAUCAUGGUCUGGCCAUGGCCCACGAUGAUGGAUAUCGCUUUAAUAACUGUAGCCGGACUCCUGUAAACUACAAGGAGCGUCUCGAGCAGACAGUGGAACGCUGCAUCCAUAUCAACGGAGCCACCCCCCAUUUCAACACCCGCGGCUAUGGUGAUGUCCUAGGUCCCCCGCGGCAGGAGCUGACGGGUGACGACCAGUCGCCCAGCUCCUCCACGAGCCUGGAGGGUCCCCUGGCCACAGCCAAAGACUACAGCCACUACAACGGCCACUUCAAUGGUAUGGCGCCUAGUCCCUCCGACACAAAGAGCCUGAGCAGUGAGGAAGACCUGCGGCAGCCAGACUCUCCAUCCUCAGAUAUGCUUCACUACCGAUCCAGGACCUUCAACAUGGGGGAGCUGGUCUGGGGACAGCUGAAGGGCUUCCCGCCCUGGACUGCAAAGCUGGCCGGGGACGAACAAGUGCACAGCGCUGCUAUGCAGCUGCGGGAGCAGGCGAAGGUAGAGCCAGAGAAGCUAAAAACACUAACUCACGACUUGGAGGCCCUUGACCGAGCCGCCAAACGAGGCCUGAACAGACCGGGGAAACUGAAUAAUCACUUGGAAGCUGCUAUCCACGAGGCCAUGAGUGAGCUGGACAAGAUGUCGGGCACGAUCCCAUCGAGGGAUCGUCAGGUGAAGCUCCCGAAGCCCAAGAGGAGGAAAAUAUCCAGAUAACAUUGAAUGAAUGUGUCGGCCGGGGAACGUCCUCAAAGCCUUGGCAGACUUGUCCGUUCAGCCUUCACGCGAUCUGAGCUCUCUAACAGGUGCUACACAUGGACAUGCGGUGGUACGUCGUUGUUCCAUGACAGGAACUCGACUUGUUGACCGACCACAGAAGGUGCUGGAAAUUCCAAUCACAGAAACAGUUUUACUGGUUGAAAGCAAAAAAAAAAAAGAUGAGGGAAAGAAAUUGAGAAAAACAUCAGAAACGGUUGCAAUUUGUCUACUGCUCACUGAAUUAACUAUUUUUUUCUAGUAUAAUAUAGUAAAAUAAACAAAAAAAAGCUACAAGUAUUACCUUACAUAUUUAAGAAAAAUAGACAGUCCAAAUAUUUCUGAUACAUUUUCAAUAUGUAUAUAGAUAAUCCUGAAAUUUCAUGAUAUCAAGAAAUGUAUGUAAAUAUUGUACAAUGUCAUGUACAAGCGUACCUAAUGCACAUUUUAUCUUUUAUUGUACAAAAACAAAGCAGAAGAAGUGUACCAAUGUCUUGGUUUCUAUUCAGAAGUGCGGUUGCAUACGGCCGCAUGCAUAGGAUAAUUAAGAAUACAGCCUAAAGCUUUUAUAUGAGGAACUGUAAGAUGUGCUGUUUUUUAAAUUUUUAUUUAAUUUUUGUUAUUAUUUCCCCCCCCCCCUUUUUUGGAAUAAGGGAAUAGCAGUGGAACAGGCACGAGUAUAUGAGUUCUCUCCAUUAUUACACUUUACUCCAGUUGUGCUCAUUUGUUCUGAUAAGAUUAAAAAACACAGAAUGAACUUUACCAGCAGAAAGUGUUCAGUGUCGGGAUAGGACCCCCCCCCCCCUCCCCGUCGGAUCAUCUUUGGUAAAUCUUCAUCUGCUCGUUAACAGGAAAAUCCUGAUAUUGUGGUUUAAUGAAUAAUAAUUUGAAGAAAAGUCUGGUGGAGCCGGUGAAUUGUUCCAGUUUGACAGGCAGACGAGAGAAAAUUGGUUACCUGUCGUUUUGAGAAGGAAAAAUCCACCCUCACACAGUUAUGACUUUAUCAAGUGUCAUUGACAAUGAAUAAUCUCCCCCUCAUUUUGAUUAUGAAUGUAAUCAAACUCUGUAUCCAGCUUCUAUCAUUGUGAAUUACAAAUUACAUGCAGACUCCAAAUUAACACUAUAGGUGGAGCUGUCCGUGGUGCUGCGUCCGUAGCCAGGGAUUGUUUAUGUUUAUUUAUCACAAGUCAAAUAUCGCCCUCGCGAAAUUAAACAACAUGCUUGCAUGUUUUCCUAAUAUCACCUCCUGUGUCGUUGCUCUCAGGCCUACAUGUGCAGAUGCAUUAUAUAUGAAGCAUUUCACCUUCAACUACAUUUGAAAGCCGGUACAAAUUUCCUCCAUCUUCUUCUGAGAUGAUCUUAUUCAUGAAGGCAACACAACCUGAUUUCUAACGGUGGAUUUUUCCUUCUCUGAAAACCCAGAAUCCUUUGACUGUUGUGAUUUACGUUUGUACAGUAAUUUUAACAUUUUGUUCCUCCCAUGAUUCUAGUCAUGUUCGCCACGGCUAUAGCUUUAGGUACAGUAACCGACCUCAGAGUCUAGAUCAUGAAAACGAAACACUAACUCAAGAGCAGUGGAAGCAUUUCUCACAUUUAGGGGCCUUGUGUGUAUUUUCUUUCUUUUUUCUUAUUGUUGUAAAUUAUUUAUGUACAGUACUUCAUAUUUAUUUUAAGCUUUACAAAUAUGCUAGAUGGCAAUAAUACUACCGAGAGUUGAGAACUCAAGCCUUAUAUGUGUAUAUGUAUGUUUUUUGUGAAAAUAUCAUGUAUUCAUAGUUCAUUACAGAGGUGGUCAUGUUCCCUUUUAUUUAAGAAGCGAGCAUUACAGUUAACCCUUAUUCUUACAGCGAGGCUUUACAAGUUUUUGUUACAGAUUGUUUCAUGGAAACUUCUCGGCUCAAGAGAAGACCAUAAUAUUUAUGAAUACGCUCGUCUGAACGGCAGACGGGAUUUUGUGUUGGUAGUAAAUGCAGUUGUGAACACUAACAAACUUAUCAGAAGGUUCAGGCUGAAUCCUAAAUGGUCAGCGACGCACAAUAUCGGGAUAAACACACGAACAGA